GGUUUUGCAAUUUGGAUGUGCUUUUUUGAGUGAUUAUUGAAAACUUUUCUUCUUUUUCUUUUUCUUUUCUGUUUUUUUUUUUUUUUUUCAACUGAAAUAACUUCCUCCAAAUUAUACUAUGAAAGGAAAAUCAUGCCCAAUUCUUUCCCUUAAUAGUGUUUCUGACCCUUCAUUUUAGUAAAUUACAAUCUCACCCCAAUAAUCUCACUAUAAUAACUUCAUCUUCUUCUUCACCAUGUCUGAACCUUGAACUUACUCGACCGCUUUCCCUCUCCUCUGUAAUUGAACUUCACUUCCAAUGAUGGAUUUGAACUUUACCGCCCGGAAGCCGCCGCAUGUGGCGGCGAAGAUGGACAUAGAACAGAUGCCAGAGGCUCCACACCGUGGGUAUCACCACCGCCGUUCCCACUCCGAUACCUCCUUCCGCUUCGCUAAUUUCGACGAUCUUCUCCUCUUCGACCCUCCAGACAUCGAUUCAUCGUCUGCUCUUCCUUCUCCCUCGCCGUCACCUUCCCCGACGCCGACGGGGGCUCGUAUGGCCGUCGAUUCCUUCAAUUCCAAGUCCCCUGAAGACGCCUCUGCCACAAAACCUAGGGCUGGAAACGGUAACUCCGCUUCCUUAUUCAAUUCUCACUACCGGAGCUUGUCGAUGGAUUCCGACUUCUUCGAGGGCUUGGGGAUGGCCGGAGAUGGAAGUGAUGGUGAAGUACUUGCCGGGAGAGUGACGGCGGGGGAGAAGAAGAUGGGUCGUCAUAGGCAUAGCAAUUCCAUGGAUGGGUCUUUGACUUCCUCGUUUGAAGCUGAUUCCACUGUGGUAAUUGACUGCUCCAAGAAGGCCAUGGCGCCUGAUAAACUCGCUGAGCUUGCUUUGAUGGACCCUAAAAGAGCUAAAAGGAUUCUGGCGAAUAGACAAUCUGCUGCACGAUCCAAGGAGAGGAAAAUACGUUACACGAAUGAACUAGAGAAGAAGGUGCAGAUGCUUCAGUCAGAAGCCACCUCCCUUUCUGCUCAGGUCACAGUGCUACAGAGAGAUACCGCUGGCUUGACUACAGAGAACAGAGAACUCAAGCUAAGGUUGCAGGCCAUGGAGCAGCAAGCCCAUCUGAGGGAUGCUUUGAAUGAGACACUGAGGGAGGAAGUGCAGCGGCUUAAGAUAGCUGCUGCCCAACUGCCUGUUGCAAAUGGCAACUCAUUCAACAUUGGGGGAGGGCUACCUCCUCAAUUCCCUCCUCUCCAAACAUCAUUGCUUCAAUUUGGCAACUGCCAGAAUCAUCAACAGCCACAGCUGCUUCACAUGUCUCAGCCUGAUGCUCGAGGAGGGUCUUCGCCAUCCCAGCUUCCUGGAGUAUAACCACCUGCUGUGGUAACAUCUUUAGAUAAUCCAUUGCGUAGUGAGGAUUGAUAUUUUGAUUUGGGAAGCUAAGGAAUUAUAGCCUGUGUCUUCUACGUUUGGAUUUGUACGAGUAUACUUGUAAAAAAACAAACAUGUGUACAAAAAAGCUGUAUUAUUUCUUUGAUGAUUGAGGAUUGUAUUGUAAUAACACUCACAGCAAAUAAUAGUGCUCACUUCUUUGUGAAGAAUCAAA